UCCACCUCUGCCUCCCGCCCCCGGGGCCAAAGUACAAAGGGAGGAGGAAGAAGGGAACGGGGUUGGAGCCAUCGGGUUGAGAGAGCCCAGCCGGGAAGAGGCAGCUUGGCCCAGCUAGAGACACUCCAGCCACCCCCUGCGCAAAGAGACCCAACCGGAGUCCAGGCGCUGCCCCUUGCUGGCCCCACCUUACACUUGGCGGGUGCCGGAGCCAGACUCCCAGGACUGCUCCAGACUGAGGGACGCCCGGGCCCCUCUGUGCCAGCCAUGGUGAGACGCCGGAGGCCCCGGGGGCCCACCCCCCGAGCCUGACCACACUGCCCUAGGUCGCCUUCCUCCGGAAGCCCGAGAUGCGGGGGGCCGGGAGGCGACACUCCUGGCUCCCCAGAGAGGCGUGGGUCUGGGGCUGAGGGCCAGGGCCCGGAUGCCCAGGUUCCGGGACUAGGGCCUCGGCAGUCAGCAAGGGUGGGGACCAGGGGCACCCAGGGAAGGUCCCCCACACCCACCAACGCCAGCUCCCAGCCAUGGAGCCCUUGAAGAACCUCUUCCUCAAGAGCCCGCUGGGGUCAUGGAACAGCGGUGGCAGUGGGGGCAGUGGGGGCGGCGGCGGAGGUUGGCCAGAGGGAUCCCCGAAGGCGGCAGCUUAUGCCAACCCUGUGUGGACAGCCCUGUUUGACUACGAGCCCAAUGGGCAGGACGAGCUGGCCCUGCGGAAGGGCGACCGUGUGGAGGUGCUGUCCCGGGAUGCAGCUAUCUCAGGCGAUGAGGGCUGGUGGGCGGGCCAGGUGGGAGGCCAGGUGGGCAUCUUUCCGUCCAACUAUGUGUCUCGGGGCGGCGGCCCGCCCCCCUGCGAGAUGGCCAGCUUCCAGGAGCUGCGGCUGGAGGAGGUGAUCGGCAUCGGUGGCUUCGGCAAGGUCUACCGCGGCAGUUGGCGAGGCGAGCUGGUGGCUGUGAAGGCAGCUCGCCAGGACCCCGAUGAGGACAUCAGCGUGACAGCUGAGAGCGUGCGACAGGAGGCCCGGCUUUUCGCCAUGCUGGCACACCCCAACAUCAUUGCCCUCAAGGCCGUGUGCCUGGAGGAGCCCAACCUGUGCCUGGUGAUGGAGUACGCUGCCGGCGGGCCCCUCAGCCGCGCCCUGGCUGGGCGGCGUGUGCCCCCCCAUGUGCUCGUCAACUGGGCCGUGCAAAUUGCCCGUGGGAUGCACUACCUGCACUGCGAGGCCCUGGUGCCUGUCAUCCACCGAGACCUCAAGUCCAACAACAUUCUGCUGCUGCAGCCCAUUGAAGGUGACGACAUGGAGCACAAGACCCUGAAGAUCACUGACUUCGGCCUGGCCCGCGAGUGGCACAAAACCACGCAAAUGAGUGCUGCAGGCACCUAUGCCUGGAUGGCUCCCGAGGUUAUCAAGGCCUCCACCUUCUCUAAGGGCAGCGAUGUCUGGAGUUUUGGGGUGCUCCUGUGGGAACUGCUGACUGGGGAGGUGCCCUACCGUGGCAUCGACUGCCUUGCUGUAGCCUAUGGAGUGGCCGUUAACAAGCUCACACUGCCCAUCCCAUCCACCUGCCCCGAGCCCUUCGCACAGCUCAUGGCCGAUUGCUGGGCGCAGGAUCCCCACCGCAGGCCCGACUUCGCCUCCAUCCUUCAGCAGUUGGAGGCGCUAGAGGCGCAGGUCCUGCGGGAAAUGCCGCGGGACUCCUUCCAUUCCAUGCAGGAAGGCUGGAAGCGCGAGAUCCAAGGCCUCUUUGACGAGCUGCGGGCCAAAGAAAAGGAACUACUGAGCCGCGAGGAGGAGCUGACCCGCGCGGCGCGUGAGCAGCGGUCACAGGCAGAGCAGCUGCGGCGGCGCGAGCACCUGCUGGCCCAGUGGGAGCUGGAGGUGUUCGAGCGCGAGUUGACGCUUCUGUUGCAGCAAGUUGAUCGCGAACGGCCGCACGUUCGCCGCCGCCGCGGAACCUUCAAGCGCAGCAAACUCCGCGCGCGCGACGGCGGCGAGCGCAUCAGCAUGCCGCUCGACUUCAAACACCGCAUCACCGUGCAGGCCUCUCCCGGCCUGGACAGGAGGAGAAACGUCUUCGAGGUCGGGGCUGGGGACUCGCCCACCUUCCCCCGGUUCCGGGCCAUCCAGUUGGAGCCUGCAGAACCAGGCCAGGCAUGGGGCCGACAGUCCCCAAGACGUCUGGAGGACUCAAGCAAUGGAGAGCGGCGAGCAUGCUGGGCCUGGGGCCCCAGUUCCCCCAAGCCCGGAGAAGCCCAGAACGGGAGGAGAAGGUCCCGCAUGGAUGAAGCCACGUGGUACCUGGAUUCAGAUGACUCAUCCCCCUUAGGAUCUCCUUCCACACCCCCCAUGCUCAAUGGUAACCCCCCGCGGCCGAGCCCGGAGCCCGAGGAGCCGCGGCGGCCGGGCCCGGCGGAGCGCGGCAGCGGCUCCGGGACGCCCAAGCUGAUCCAGCGCGCGUUGCUGCGCGGCACCGCCCUGCUCGCCUCGCUGGGCCUCGGCCGCGACCUGCAGCCCCCGGGGGGGCCGGGCCGCGAGCGCGGGGAGCCCCCGCCAACGCCCCGCGCCCCGCUGCCCACGCCGUCCCCCGCCGAGCCGCCCCCCUCCCCGCUCAUCCGCUUCUCCCCCGAGAUGCCGGACGCCCAGGCCUCCCCGCUGAGCCCCGACGCCCCCGGCUCGCCCUCCCCCGCGCCCCUGCUGCUGGAACUGGGGGUCCCCGCCGGCCAGCCAUCAGCCAAGAGUCCCCGGCGCGAAGAGGAGAGGCGCGGAAGCGCCGUCUCGCCCCCACCAGGGAUAUCACGUUCUGCUCCCGGCACCCCAGGUACCCCACGCUCACCACCUCUGGGCCUCAUCAGUCGACCUCGGCCCUCACCCCUUCGCAGCCGCAUCGACCCGUGGAGCUUUGUGUCAGCCGGGCCACGGCCUUCACCCCUGCCCUCGCCACAGCCUGCGCCCCGCCGGGCACCCUGGACCUUGUUCCCGGACUCAGACCCCUUCUGGGACUCUCCACCCGCCAACCCCUUCCGAGGGGGCCCUCAGGACUGCAGGGCGCACACCAAAGACGUGGGUGCCCAGGCCCCGUGGGCGCCAGAGGCAGGGCCCUGAGUGGGCCGGGCUGCUCCCCACGCCCCCACCGCCCUCCAGGAGCCGCAGCAUACACUGGAAUAGGAGCUGGUCAUGCCUCUGUAGCUGCCCUGGUUUCGCCCAGGGACCCCGCCCCCUCUGGGGGUCAGGAACACUACACCGCACAGGAAAGCCUUCACACUGGACGGGGGGCCCGCACCCCUCCACACCUGCAACGUGUGGGUCCCCCGACUUACCCGCCCCACUGGGGCCCAACACUGUACCCAGCUGGUUGGGAGGACCAGAGCCUGACUCAGGGAAUUGCCCCCAGGGGUGGUGCA